GUCGGCGCAACCGUCAUGGGCUAUUUGGCCACAUAUUACCGCUUCGGCCUCCCGACGUUCCUUGUUAUAUCCAUUGCCCUCUAUUUGCUGUUCACUGGCUCUGGCGAAGCUUUCAAUGUUGGCCGCUUCCUUGAGGAGUCGAGCCCUUUCGCGUGGGGUGCAACAGGAAUAGGCCUCUGCAUUGGUUUGAGUGUUCUUGGGGCUGGAUGGGGUAUCUUCAUAACUGGCUCGUCUAUCCUAGGUGGUGGAGUACGUGCGCCACGAAUUGGCACAAAGAAUCUUGUUAGCAUCAUCUUCUGUGAAGUCGUCGCAAUCUAUGGAGUGAUCAUCGGGAUAAUAUUCUCGUCGAAGAUGACUGCGGUACCCGAGACACAUCUCUACACACGCGAAAACUACUUCACAGGAUUCGCCCUCUUCUGGGGUGGUCUUACGGUUGGCGCAUGCAACUUGCUCUGUGGUAUUUGUGUAGGUAUUACUGGCUCCACCGCCGCACUCGCGGACGCUGCCGACCCUAGUUUGUUUGUCAAGAUUCUCAUUGUCGAGGUCUUUGGCAGUAUUAUGGGUCUAUUUGGUCUCAUUGUUGGACUUCUCAUGGUCAGCAACGCCAAGGACUUUUCUGUUACCGAGUCCCUUGUUUCUUCCACAGCGAGCGCUAUCGUCUCUCCAUUUGUACAAUAA